GGAUUGGUGCGUGAUGACAAUUUCCAGAAGAUAUUAUCAUUUUAUUCCGCUCCAUUAUUCUAACAAGAUCCAUCUUCCCAUUUUGGGGCGGAAGCUUCAAGAGCAUCGGUUGACGAGGAGCUGAUACGGCGCUUUGCUCUUUUGCCUUUUCGGAGUAGGAAAGUUUGUGUCUUUACUCACCACGGCCUGCAAUUUCUUAUUGCAUCGAGAAUUACUACGUUAAUCGCGUCUGACCCACGACGCCCGGACAAAUUAUAAACCGGUUGUCUUCCUCAGUCGUCAUGUUGGCGCGUCCUCUCUCUCUCUCUCUCUCUCUCUCUCGCCCGUUCUUGACUUUUUGUCUGUCUUGGAGGUCGACGAACGAAGAGAUUGGGCUCCUCCUGUGACUUCCUGACACAACCCAUUAACGAACCGCGCACGCUCGCAGAUACCCACUUUCUCGUUCGUCCAUCUUCCUCAGAAUCAGAGAAAUGUCUGCCGAGUUGACCCAGUCGCCCGGGACGACGACCCAGCUGUGGAGGUCGUUCUGGGACUUGUUCUCCUUCGUCUUCCAGUUCUUGUUGCGCAUCGCCACGGCCCUCGGGCCUCGCCACUUCCUCCUCUCCCGCUUCACCUCCUUCAGGCCCCUGCCCCUCGCCGAGCUGCCCGUCCAGGACCCACCCGCCGGCGUCGCCGCCGAAGAAGGCGUCGAGUCUCCCGAAGACCUGGAAAGGCUCACGGUGGUGCUUGAUUUAGAUGAAACUCUAGUAUGUGCAUAUGAGAUGGCGAGUCUGCCUGCUGCUACACGUGACCGAGCAGUGGAAUCCGGAUUGGAGUGGUUUGACCUGGAAUGCAUUUCUUCAGAGAAGGAUUCUGAAGGAAAGCCUAAGGUCAAUCUUGUGACGGUGUUUGAGCGCCCGGGCCUGCGAGAAUUCUUAGAACAGCUCCAUGAGUUUGCGGAUCUCGUGCUGUUUACUGCUGGACUUGAAGGUUAUGCAAAACCACUCGUUGACACAAUAGAUGUUGAGAAUAGAUUUAGUCUGCGACUUUAUCGACCUUCAACAAUUAGCACGGAGUAUAGGGAACACGUGAAGGAUCUUUCUUGCCUCUCAAAGGAUCUCAGUCGUAUAGUCAUUGUCGACAACAACCCGUUCAGUUUCUUGCUGCAGCCAGUUAAUGGGAUUCCCUGCAUUCCUUUUACUGCUGGACAGCCGCACGAUAAUCAGCUUCUGGAGGUCCUGGUUCCACUCCUGAAGCACCUUUCCAUGCAGAGAGAUGUGAGGCCCGUGCUCUAUGAACGGUUUCGCAUGCCUGAAUGGUUUCAGAAGUAUGGGAUCCCUGCUUUGGGCUUGCCGUCGUAGCAUCUAGACUUGAAGUUUCCAUUCUUUUUUAAUGAAUCUGAAGAAGUGGCAUCUUGCAUGAGGUUGAUGUUGGCCCAAUUGUCUCGCUGGUGUGGAAUCAGGUGGUCCAAAGGUGUCUAUCCUUUCCGUAUUUGCAGAGUAUCUAGCAUGGUUCUGACUUCUACAUCUUUGCUGAUAGAAAGAAGUCCUUGUAUGCAAUGUAGAUAGAAUCUAAAGUACUAUUCCUUGUAACAUUAUUUAUGUGCUUGCAGUCCUGUAGCAUGUCCAAAUUGCAUCUUUAGAUUGCUGAACACUAUCUCUUGAUCAAAUAAAAAUGAAGGGUUUUCACCGGUUGCUGGAA